CUCCACAGAAAAUGCCUUGAUCUUUCGCCCUCGUCGGCCUCUCACACUGUUGAGUCACAUCCGGGCUCGUCAAGCGCGAGCCCCGGAGGCCCAGACCGGUCGGCCUUCAUGCAGGCAUGAGCAGUCGGGCCGGCGCAAGAGGUACGACACGCAAGGAUCUGUGCGUAUAUACACGCCUCUGCGUUGCUUCCGUACGUCGAUCGUUCCUCUAUGUGCGUCUGUAUAUGCCUUCGUUGUGGUUUUAGUGACCGACUUUGAGGAGGAGAAUGACAGUGAUGAACAACACAGGCCCGACGGACCAGCAGGUGCGCAUACACACUCAGGCAGGAAGGCAAGGCAGACGUGUCAUCUUGGUUGCAUGUGCCAUACAUGUAGAUCUGGCUGCUGCUGGUGGCGGUGAUCCGGAGGACGUCUGUACUUCCUGCGAGCGCCACUACAUGCACCUCAAGGACAGCGUCAAGGGCAGCGCCUUCUCCCGCCUCAACCAACACCCUCACGUGACGGCCACCUUCACCCCCGCCCCCUCCCCCUCUCCCACGUCAAACAUCGACGCCGUCAACGUCACCAUAGGGCCGUUUCUCGCUGGGAGUGGGAGCGGCCCAAACAGCCACAGCUACUAUGUCCAUGGCGUGGCCACCCGCACCAAAGGCACCAAGAAGGCGUGGAGCUUCUCCCCGUCGCUCACUUACAAGGUCAAGAGUGUGCUCAAGCACGGUGUUGAGAAGUUCCGCUUCACUGAGGAGGCCGGCAGGCGCAUCAUCGGCCGCAAAAUACCACACGGUGAGCGGAGAAUCUGAUGGAUGGCCGUUGGUGAAUGGAUGGAUGAAUGGAUUCAACUCAUCCAGUGGGUGGUGGGUCUGUCCGCGAGAGCAAUCAUGACGACAAGAACGGCGCUGGGAACGGCGAUGAAGGCAAGCACACACACAGACACACACACACACGCAGAAAGACGCAAAGCGAUGGUGGACAAGUGUGCGUGUCUGUCAUGUAGCCGAGGAGGAGCAGAGAGCACCAGCUGUACCUGUGCCUGCCGCACGGCAGCCCGAUGGCGUCACCUUUGCCUUAUCGGUGAAGAAGCGGGACAAAGGUGAGUGAGUGAGUGAGUGAGUGACGGACGAAGGAACAAUCAGAUGGGGUGGGGGAGACGCUCUCCUUUUGUGUGGGGUGUGGCUGGCUGCAUUCAGGUGACGGCGAUCUCGUGCUCGACGUCAAGGCGUCGGCCAAGGCCAGGCGCGCAACCCAACCUGGUGAGUCAGUGGAAGAGAGGAAGGAUGGAUGGAUGGAUGCAGUGGCUGACGAGCAGAUGGGCAAUGGAGACGCAGCGGCGUCUGAACCAGCCCAACCGCCGCAAUGGCAUGUCCAGGGUCCUCUGCCUGCCCCUGGCCCUCUCGUGGCUGCGCCCCGUUUGUCUCUUGGAUCACAGUCGCACCAUCCGCAGCCACAUCCCAGCCGACUCGGGCAGGAGUGGUGGGAGCGUGCAAUCGACGACUUCGAGGACAGCAGCGACGAGGGCGGCCAGGGAGAGGGGGAGGGCGGCGAUGCGGCGGAGGAGCACGCUGAGGGCAUACCACCACCACCACCAACACCACCACCACAGCAGCAGCAGCAGCAUGAGCAGGCCGAAGAUGCAGCAGAGAUGGCCGACGCCCCACCACACACGGUGAGGCAUCCAGGCAGGCAACGACAUUGGCCGUCAAUGUGGGUCUGGGUGCGUUCAGGGCCCACUGCUUCUUCCGCCUACUUCGGCAGCAGCUGUAUCCCUCCAUGGCCCAUCCGCCCCUCCCCCUCCCCCUCCCCUCCUCGCGGCUGCCGUGCGCCCCCCUGUCCGGCCCCCCACACCCCGUGUGUCUGCUGCCGAGGACGCAGCAAUGCCUGACGCCACCGACCACCAGCACCAUGGCGUCGUUUUCCCACCACUGAACCGCCAGCCCCCAGAUGCCGAUCCCUCUCCGCAAGAGGACCAGCCGAUGCAUAACGGGCUGGAAGUGGACCGGCCGAUGGAUGGCAGCAGGCAGGCACCACCAGCAGCACCGUCCAGCAUCCCAGCCAGUGCUCCUCCUGCCGUCGCCAAGCAGGAGCCACGGGUGCCAAACAGGACUACCAACCAGCCGUCCCGACCGCCACAACCACCGAAAGCAGCAGCGGCCGCUGAGCCGGCCAAGAGGGAGAGAACGGAAGAGGGAGUCAAAAUUGAGCCUGGGCACCACACUACCGAGGGAGAGAAAGAGGGGCCUUCUCCUCCCGGCUGUGUCGAGAUACCUCUUGGCGACGUCGACCACACCGGCCUGGUCAAUUCCUUGAAGCGAGAUGAGAAGAGGCAGCUGGCCAAGGACGUCCUGCAGAUCAUCCGAGAGGUACCUAUCCUAUCAUUCAUCGCAACACACACAGACACACUGACACAUCGUUGCUGUUGCGAUGUACGUUUCUCUAUCAGUGUGGCUUCAAGGGUUCCCACUUGUCCGACAUGAGCGGCACGACGCCCGGCGACAUCCAUGAGAGGUGGUUUCGCGGCAAGCCCGAGAAGCUGGGGGCGUCGGGUGACCUCAGCGAGUGGCUCGGGCAGCUCUUCAACACACGCGGUGUAAGCCAUCCACUCACCAAACCAGCCACAAGUAUAGUAUCCUCCCAUUGCUCUCUCUCUCUCUCUCUCUCUGCGCGCGCGUGUGUGUGUGUGGGUGCACAGGGGCGUGUGUGGGUGCCCGUAGCAGGGCCGUCAGCCCAGCCGCAGCCGCAGCAAGGCCAUCCAAAAGCACCUUCUGGUGCGCGCACACACACAGGAGUGGACAGACAGACACAGAUUCUGCUCCUUCGUGCGUGCGGUGCGUCUGUGUGUAGGCGGGGGCAUGUCGCAGUCCAUUGACAGAGUCGGACGCCGCCCUGACAGCAUGGAGUAGGCCAACUGCCCACUCCAUGUAUCAUAUCUAUCGCGAGAUCGGUCUUUGGGCUUCUGUCUGUCAGUUUCUGUCUCUUUGCUCAUAGCCGACGUGAACUUGAUAUAGACCCUUCGCACUCGCGCGACUGUCAUAGCCAAUACUACAGCGUACGCGAGCCGGCCCGCAUCCAUCCAUCCAUCCAUCCAACCAUCCAUGUGUGUGUGUGUGUGUGUGCGCGUGUGUGUUUUGGACGGAUGCGCGGCUUGCAGCAUCGUCCUGACAGUCGGAGCCCGUGGCGUGACGACCGACGACCACUCCAUCGACACGUACAGUACAUGUGAUGUGCACACAGAGCAGGUUUCUGCCCAUGUGUGUACUCAUUGCUCAGGGCUAUGACGACCGGCGUUCUCCUCCUCGCCGCCCGCUGUCUCCCCCGCAUCCUUUUCGUGGGCUGCAGGGUCGCCAAGAGCGAUCCUUCAGCGGAGGUGAUCAGCAAAGGCAAACACACACGAGAUGGACUGACGGACGGCCCAUUCAUUGCAUGUGAAUGUGUUUUGUGUCUGCAGAGAUGCGGUACGUACGGCGUCUGACUCUUCAGGCACAAUGA